AUGUGCUUGCUACACCGACGCACAUCUUGGGGACCUCGAGCGUUUCCGGGACUCGUACCACCGGUAGCGCUUCGAUUCCGUACGAUGCGGCUCGACCGAUUCAUCUAUCUCAUCAUAUCCAUAUGCCUCCACGCCUCGCUCUUCCCAUCGUUCGAUACCGACUACAAGCACCAGCUCCACCUCAGGAAGCGCUUUUCUAUCCACAACGAAAACCCAACGACAUUCACGCCAUUUACGUUGCACACAUCAUCAUCAACAUCAUCUCCCUCCUCCUCGAUGACUACAACAUUCAAAGGCAUUCUUGUAACAACAGUUACCUAUACUUCUACUGUCGUUCCCGUAUUUCCCGCUGGGCCUUCGUUUUUCCACCGGACCGGAGCUGUGGUGGAAACGGGGCUUCAUCGGAGGGGAGUCGAAGGACACGCCGAAUCGCGGAAGAGGCGGUCGAUUCCCGACGGGGGCGACGUAUCCGUGGGAUCCUUAUCGGCAGAGGCAGCGGCAGCGGCAGCGACAAGGGAGACCAUCCCCUCGUCACGUCGACCGUUUGGUCUUGAUGAAUGGGUUGAAAUGCCUGUUUCACCAAGCUCUUCUCUUCGGAGGGGUCUUUCGGCGACCUCCUCUGAGUUCAUAAUGAAUCCGAUGGGUGUUAGUAAUGGCCUCAAUACGAACCAUUUGACCUCUCGGUUUGAUGACGGGAGUAUGAUCGAGGAAGACCCGGCGGCGGAAUGGGAAACGCUUAAUUCCCAAAGAGUCGUCACUGCCCCCUUUGGCGGUGCUUCCGGGAUGCCCAUGGAUUAUCAGUUGGCUGCAGGUACCGGGUACUUGGACCCGGUUCCUGAAGGAAGGCUGAUGGAAGCACAGUCUGAUCCGGGACAUGCGACUAUCUCACGCUCACUCUCUUCGACAAAUCAACUUGCGCACUACUCCACUGGAUCUUUGUCGAGGACCCAAUCGCUUUCUCACGGUCGAACGCUUUCUGCGACCCCUCUUGUUGAUGUCGGUGCGAGUAAUGAUGGCAGUGGCAGUGGUAGUGGCAGCGCCCCGCCGAGUCGAACUGUCUCAGGAUCUCGUUCGUCAAGACGUGGAAGUAUUAGUCCCUAUCCCAUCGAUUUCAACGAGGAUAAUGAAGAAGAUUAUCACCGCAGGGGCCAAGAUUCGUUUAGUCCAACGCCGCCGCCUUUGUCACCUGUGUCUCCGUAUGCUCCUUUAGUCGAAAUUCAGCCUCCUUCGCCUUCGUCCCCUACUGCUCCUUCUGAUCUAUCUACGCCUACGACCACGAAGCCGGUUGAGAGAAGAAAUCGAAGUUCAAGUACGGAUCAACGGCUCGAUGCCGGUGUAUUGCGUGCAACGAGGAAGCAACAACGUCGUGAGAAGAGUCAUCGUCGCGAGAUGUCGCCUUCGACGACGGCUGAAACGACGAAAAGCCGUUCAUCCUCUGUUGAUCAAGGUUCAUCCCAUGAAGAUGGUGCUGAGGUUGCCGGAGUUGGGGAUCGAAAGGAUGAGGUGGAUAGGGGUCGCAAUCGUGAUGAUAGUGAUGAUGGAAGUUCGAUAGAUAUCAGUACGGCUGACCAGAGCGCGCUUAGCCUUGUUGAUGCGCAGGAUUACACUCGGCGGGUUCUGAGCUCCUUGUAG